AAUGUCCAGACGCAGGUGGGAACCACAUUCAACUUGUCAUCCAAUGAGAAGCAGCACCGCUUAUUCUUAAUCUGGUCGUCAACUGCAGUACCGGGCCAUGUUUACUCCGUCCAACAACGGGAUCGUCACGGUCCUUCAAGCUGGAUCAACACAGUGACAGCUCUCACUGGUCUCAUCAUUGUCAAUCGACCUACCCUAUGCAUUAUGGUUCAUAAACAGAGUGUCUGAUUCCUCCUAUCCCUCAACCGCCACUCACCAUGAACGAAUCCUUCAUCAGCAUCGCUUUCUUCAUCUCGACGGCGAUCACCCUGUUCAUACUUCUACUGCCUUCGCAAUAUACGCCGAAGCGCUCGACAGCACAAAAUGCUCCUACCGAGCCUAAACCGACCGUGCAGAUCCUCGUCCUCGGAGACAUUGGUCGCAGUCCGCGGAUGCAAUACCAUGCGCUGAGCAUUGCCAAAGGGGGAGGUCAUGUACAAAUUAUUGGGUACCAUGAGUCAGAAGUUCACCCCGACAUCUCCGCCAAUCUUAAUAUCUCCAUUGUCCCCCUUCCUCCACACCCGGCGUAUCUUCAGACGAGCAACAAGCUUCUAUUCUUAUUCUUUGCUCCGUUAAAGGUCCUUUUCCAGGUUGCAUGUCUGUGGUGGACAUUGGCAUAUCGUACGCGACCGGUGAAAUGGCUCCUCGUUCAGAACCCUCCGUCCAUUCCAACUCUAGCGAUUACAUCUGUGACCUGUUUUCUGCGGCACACGAGUCUAAUUAUCGAUUGGCACAAUUUUGGCUACUCAAUCCUAGCACUCAAGCUUGGGAAUAGUCAUCCAUUGGUCAGGCUGUCUAAGUGGUAUGAGAAGACAUUCGGGAGAUACGCCACAGCGCACUUGUGUGUUACAAAUGCCAUGGCAUCCGUCCUGAAAUUGGAGUUUCUGCUAGAGGCACCUAUCCUGCCGUUGCACGAUCGGCCGGCCCACCAUUUCCGGCCCAUUCUGGAUGACACCGUUCGACAGGAGUUUCUCCUAUCCCUGCCGGAAACUGCCCCCGUACGACCUCUUAUCAAGGCCGGGGUUCUUCGGGUACUAGUCAGUUCAACAUCAUGGACCGCGGAUGAGGACUUUUCCCUGCUUAUUGAUGCCCUCUGCCGAUACUCAGAAUUAGCGGGAACGACCAGACCCGAACUACCCCAGGUGCUAGCCAUAAUAACUGGCAAAGGCCCACAAAAGGAAAUGUAUCUCAAGAAAAUCGCCGACUUAGAAAAAGCCGGGAAGCUCCAAAAAGUGACCAUUCGCACGGCAUGGCUAACCACCAAUGACUAUGCACAACUCCUAGCGUCUGCAUCACUCGGCGUCAGUCUACAUACAAGCAGCAGCGGCGUCGAUCUGCCUAUGAAGGUAGUUGACAUGUUCGGCGCUGGUCUGCCAGUGGUCGGUUGGAACCGCUUUGAGGCGUGGCCAGAAUUAGUCACCGAAGGUGUGAACGGAAGGGGAUUUGGGAGCUCCGAUGAACUCGUAGAGGAGCUUGUUGAACUCUUUGGAGACCCAAGCAAGCUCAGCCAACUCCGCAUCGGAGCGCAGAAGGAGAGUACUCGCCGCUGGGAUGAAGAAUGGAACCCAGUAGCCGGAAAGCUCCUUGAGCUGGUGUAACCAGUAGUCUGUACAAUAAAAGCAAAACACAAGCAUAGAUAAAAGGAAGCGAAAACAAGCAAUUCUUACUGCUAGGCUUGAAAUUUGCCGCUGCAGUAUAUGCAGGUAUCGAAUACGUCCGACAACAUUCGACAGGUCUGUUCAAGCUCAUUG